UUUUCCAUCAUCAGUACCUCAAACUCCAAAGAAAAAAAAAACAACCUUUUCUUCCACCCAAAUCUUUCAAUACCCAAAAGCACUUUCUCAAACUCAAACUACUACUUCUCAUUUCUUUUCCAAAAGUUUGAGGAUCUUAGACCAAAGCCUAAACAUCUUUGCUUUCAAAUCCUACAAUAUAUCCCAGAACUCAAUUUUCUAUACUUGUGCUUGAAAGUUGAAAAUGCCAAUGAAGAACCGUGGUGUAGCUCGUAAAGCAUGGAACAUCUUGCGUUUAGCAUUGCUAUGGGCACGUAAAGGUGGUGUCUUUAAACGCCGUAUCAUGAUGGAACUGCGUCAGUACAUUCAAAGACUUGGUAACAAUGCUAGGCAGGAUCGACUCCACUAUGGGGAGCGCGAGCUUUCCUUCGAUGAGACCCCCAUUUUCCAUGUCAAGAUGAACCGUCGUUCAUCCUCUAUGCGCUUCCGCUUACCUAACAUUCCAUGCAUAACCAACCCACAAGUGGAUUUUGACUAUGAUGAUGAUUUUAUUGAAGAACAAGCUUAUGGCUAUGAUGAUGGGAGGAAGAGUUUUCUAAAGGGUCAAGAUGAAGAAGAAGAAGAAGAAGAAGAAGAAGAAGAAGAAAUUGUUCCCAGCUGUGAGCAGGAAGAUGGGAUUGAUUCGAAAGCAGAAGAGUUUAUUGCUAAAUUCUAUGCUCAAAUGAAGCUGCAGAGACAGAUUUCAUAUUUACAGUACAAAUGAGAUGGUAAAUAGAGACACAAUUUUAAUCAUGGUUCGUGGAUCGUGAAGAACUGUACCUGCAGCUUUUGCAGAUUUAUUAUAUGAUGUCAUUGCGGCAUUUUGUAGAUAGCAGAAAAGCUUCGAUCAGAGUUUUGAGUGUCUACAGAUUUAUAAAUAAGCAGUAGAGCUUGAUUAGUAGAACCAGUUUUUUUUGGAUGUGAUUACAGAGGUUUUCUUCACUUUGGUUUGAGAAAAAAAGAAAAAGAAAAGAGGAAACAAUAAGUCCAAGGACAACAUUUUUUAC